AGGACUCCUCAGAAUGACUCCACCCAGGUGGAGGCUGUCCUCCACCGCCUGGUCAACAUGCACCUGCAGGCCUCCUACACCUACCUCUCUCUGGGCUUCUAUUUUCAACGAAGCGUUGUGCCUCUGGAGCGCGUGGGCCACUUUUUCCGCGAAUCGGCGGAGGAGCAGCGUGAGGGCGCCGAGCGACCCUUGAAAAUGCAAAACCACUGCAGCCACCUGGCCCUCUUCCAGGACGUGCAGAAGCCGUCCCAAGAGGAGUGGCAUAAAACCCAGGACGCUGCUGAAGCCGCUGUGUUCAUGGAGAAGAACCUGAAUCAGGCCCUCAUGGACCUGCGUGCCCUGGGUUCUGCCGGCGCACAGCCCCGCCUCUGUGACUUCCGGGAGGGCCGCGUCCUAGAUGAGCAGGUGAAACUCAUCCAGAAGAUGGGCGACCACCUGACUAAGCUCUGCAGGCUGGUUGGCCCCCAGGCUGGGCUGGGCCAGUAUCUCUUCGAAAGGCUCAUCCUCAAGCACGACGAGGAGCCUCCAAAGUCCAGGGGCCUUUGA